AUGACCUAUUGUAAUAAUUGUUGGGCGUUAGGUCAUACUCGAUAUCAAUGUAAAGUAGGUCCACGCUGUCGAAAAUGUUUAGAUUUAUGGAAUCUUAAUCAUACAUGUCAAAAGUCAGUAUUAUGUGCUCAAUGUCAAGGUCCUCAUGCUUCUCUUAGUAUGGAGUGCCCAGUAGUUUUAAAUUAUUGUCGUACUUUAAAAGAAGAAGUAAAUAAUGCAGUUAAGGAUGGGCGGUUAAAUCAGGUCAAGGUGGAUAAUAAAGGUGGUGCAUCGUGGGUAGGUGUAGAAGCAGCAUCAAGUAAUUUACAAAAUUUUCAAGGAACAGAUCAUUUGGGUGAACUUGUUACACAAAUGAAAAUGGUCCUAGAAAGUACACGUAGAAUAGAAUUAAAACUUGAUAACCAGGUUAUGCAAAUGGAUUUAUUAGAAAAAAAAUCCUUUAUAAAUAAACAAGCUAUUUUUGGUUUAGCAAAUAUUAUGCAACAAAUGAUCAAUGCAUCUUUAGAAAAGAAAAACAAACAACUCCUACUACAAAAGAUUGUUCAACAAAUUGAAGAAUUUAAAGAUGACCUUAUAGUAAAAUUUAAUUCACUUUCCGUUGAUAUUGAUCAUCAACAACAACAAGUUGAAUUAACAUCAGAAUUACCACCUUCAAUUCCUCUGAAUAGAACGACAAAUCAAACAGCAAUAACAUCGAUUAACAAAGGUACAAACGUUUUGGUGGAUGAUGAACAGUUGAUGGAAAUAACUGAUGCUUAG